AUGCAGUUGUCCAAGGUCUUGUUCUUUGUCCUCCCCUUCAUCGGAGCCUCCCAGGCCCUGCUGUGCUCUUGCGACGGCAGCAACGUUGAUUCAAUCACCUGCUGCGACGGAAAGUGGAACGGUUAUGAGUGCGAGCCUUCGACGCAGGAGAGUUACACCACUUGCUGCAAGACCCAAUUCUCCCGCACCACCUUCUGUAGAGACGGCAGCGUUUGA